UAUACGCAUGAACUGCCAAGAACUAAGGACGUAUAGUCAUAACAACUCGGUCAACUCCAUCCAUACAUACAGCAGUAUUAUGAUGGCCAAUGCGAGAGAAAUUGGGAAAAUAAACCAGGGUAUAAUCUUGUCUAGUAACGAGGACAAUAAAGAUAAACCUGAGCAAAAGAAUUCAGCAGGAAAUGGUCUGACAUUGUCCACGGCAAAACGAGAAUCACAAUUUCACAGAGAUGUCAAACAACGCAGCAGCCAGAAGCCUAACUUAUACUGUCAGUUCAUUGUAUCGCACACUAGUUUGACUUUCGGAAUAACGUUUGGAGCUCACAUUAUAUUGCUGGUUCUCACAGUUUUGUUAACCGUAUCUGGGAAUGAAGUAAUUAAAUUCGAGUUUGGACGGUUCCCACUGGAAGUGCCGGACGAUUCGUCCAAACUUCGUACAGAUGCCUGGUUGAAUGCUAAGGACGAGAUUUCCACGUCUGAAACAAGUAUUCAAUUACCUCGCACUCUGCAAUACCAGACAAUCGCCAUGAUUUAUGAAUUAAAUCAUGGAAAUGUUCUUACAAAAGAGAAUUUACAAGCUAUAAAACAAAGUGAGAAGGAAAUCUUUGGCCAUAAAACUUUCCAAAGUGAACUGUGCCAACUACAGGGAGCCAAAAAUAUGACUUGCAAGACACCGUUAUCCAUUAUCAGUUUCUUUGAUGGAUCGUAUAGCAAUAUCCACUCGGAUCUAUAUGAUCCUACCUUUCAGAAUAUAUCAUUUGUCUUAUACACAGCACAAACUAUCAACAUAAGCAGAGCUAUACUUAAUUUCCAUCUUGGUAAAGAUGCGGUGAUAGAAAAGAACACAGCUAGGUCACAAUACACCCGAAGUUUAAUGUACACUGGCUGGCCCCUUGAAGGUUAUUCAAGAACCAAUGAUAAAGAGAGAGAGCAGGAAGAAAAGCUAAAUGAAAUUAUUGUGGACCAUUUUUCAAGCACUUUGAAGAAAAAGCAUGACAAAGGGGUUGGAAGAAUGAAUUUCUACUACAACAACAGAGCCCUAAGGUCGAACGCUAUUCGAAAUCAAAUCAUUUUUGAUAUGAUGCUUGCAAUUGCCAGCUUUGCCUUUAUUUUUAUCUUUUCAUGGUUUCAUACGGGCUCCCUAUGGAUUACUGCUUGGGGUGUGUUUAGUAUAGUAUCAAGCUUCAACAUAACGAUUCUCAUAUACAGAUUCGUUUUUGAUUACCGAUAUUUUGGCAUUUUCCAUGUUCUAUCGAUUUUCAUAAUUCUUGGGAUUGGUUUCGACGAUGUUUUUAUUUUCAUGGAUACGUGGAGACAAUCUAGUAAAGGCGAGUCACAAAAUCUUGUUGACAGAGUAUCAGGCGUUUACAGGACAGCAGCAAAAACGACGUUCGUUACCUCAUUUACAACAAUGGUAGCUUUUCUAUCAAACAUGCAAUCUCCACUUCUAGCUAUCUAUUCCUUUGGUUUAUUCUCAGCCAUUUUGAUUAUGGUCAACUAUUUUUCAAUCAUCAUCUUUUUUCCCGUGGUGCUAAUUCUUCAUCACAACUCUAGAAGAGGAAGAUGUUGUUGUGCAAGAAUUCAAACAAAGGAUGAAACCACGAGUUCGGGAAAGAUUUCUCAAUGUAUAAUUCAAUUCUUUCAGGGGUGGUUUUUAAGAAAUUUGAUCAUUCAUAAAGUGUUUCGUUGGGUUGUUGUCAUCAUUUUUGUAACUAUAGCCGCCGCAAGCGUUUUCUUUGCAACAAAACUGGAAGCUAACAAAGAGCAGAUAAAGCUCUGGCGUUCGGAUUCAAAUUGGAAUAAAGUUCGCCACAUCGAAUCCAAUGCAUUUCGCAAAAGCCAAGAAGAUCGUGUCAUUAUUGUUUAUAUUAUCUGGGGUUUAAAAGAACAAGACAGAAGUGAAUGCCAUCACACCGAUUUCGCAUGCAAAGGAAAAACCAUUUUUGAUCACGAGUUUGAUCUAAAUUCUCAACCUUCACAACAGGCUAUGUUGAGAUUUUGCGGAACUAUGAAGAAUAUCACCAGCGAACAGGAAAAGAAAUUACAUCUUCGGCGAAGUCAAGUAACGGGAGAAAUUGAAAUGAAAUGCAUUUUUCAAAGAAUGGAAGAAUUUUUCGCGGAGGAAUCCAACAAAACAAUAUAUUCAACGGCUGUGGAUUUUCCAUUGAGUGAAGAAAAAGUCAAAACAUUAAUGAAAUCCAAUCCUGAUAUUUACAAAGUUACAGUAACAAAUAUUACCAGGUUCUUCGAAGUUGGCGCAGGAUUUUUUAUGAGCCAAGGUGGUAGAAAGAAUUAUACCUCAACGUUUGACUAUAAAAAUUACAAAGACCUUAUCAAAGGUGUUACUUAUCCACAUUCAUUUGGAAAUUUAAGUCGAGAAAACAGACCGCUAUAUUUGGCGAUUGCUUUUAAUACAAGUGUUGAUCCUUCUCAGCUGGGCUAUGAGAAAGGGUUAGAGAUUUAUGACGACUGGGAAAGCUUCGUGAACCAAAAGAUGAACGACCUUCCUCCAUCAUGUAACAAAGGAUUUCAGGCAACUGUAAAACCUUUUAAUGUCUGGCAGUGGUUAAAAGUUCAAAAGUUAUUGGUGAACAAUGCCAUCACAGGAAUUAUUAUUGGUCUGAUUUGCUCAUUGGUUGUACUCACGUUUGCGACAACAAACGUCAUCAUUGGUGUCAUGGCAACACUGACUAUUGCUAUGGUAACAUGUGGUGUCCUCGCAAUGAUAUCAGUUGUUGGUUGGAGUCUUGGCGUACUCGAAUCUCUUAACCUCACCUUAAUAGUUGGUCUCGCUGUUGAUUACGUCGUACAUUUAGCUGAAGGAUAUAUGGUUCUCGAGGAUCAGGACAGGGUCACGAGAGUCAAGUAUACUUUGGGUCAUGUAGGGAUAUCAGUAUUCUCUGGUGCUUGUACAACCCUCGGCUCUUCCAUCUUUAUGCUAGCUGCAAAGAUUCUUUUCUUUUCACAGUUUGGAAUAUUUAUAUUUUGUACAAUUGCCUUAUCGAUUCUUCAUGCACUAUUCUUCUUUACGACUGUCUUGGCUCUGAUAGGACCAGAAAAUGAAACUGGAUCACUUCGACCGUUCAUGAGAAGAGUGAAAAAACUGUUUUGUUGCGAAGAGGCAGACAUCGUAAAUGCGAAUGCUGAAAAAGAAAAUAGACUACCUAAGAAUGACUUCCGAAACGGACUGGUUGUUAACACAAAGUUAUAAUAUAAUAAACUGUAUAUAAUUCAGUGCCAACUUUAGAGUCUGAUUAAAUGAUUCGCUCAAGACCAA